AUGCCGUGGCUCUACCUGUUCUUAGUGGUGGACAUGUUUCCAGAGGAGGACCGAGGGUCCCGGCUCAGUCCGGAGGAGGACCGAGGGUCCCGGCUCAGCCUCAGUCCACUGGAGGAGACCCGAGGGUCCCGGCUCAGUCCACUGGAGGAGGACCGAGGGUCCCGCCUCAGCCUCAGUCCGCUGGAGGAGGACCGAGGGUCCCGCCUCAGCCUCAGUCCACUGGAGGAGGACUCAGCAACCUUUGAUGACGUGCUAAUAAACCCAAACGCCUCUUCAGAACGCCUCCUCAGAACGCCUCUUCAGAACGCCUCCUCAGAACGCCUCUUCAGAACGCCUCUUCAGAACGCCUCUUCAGGACGCCUCUUCAGAACGCCUCCUCAGAACGGCUCUUCAGAACGCCUCCCAGAACGCCUCCUAAGAACGCCUCCUCAGAACGCCUCCUCAGAACGCCUCCCCAGAACGCCUCCUAAGAACGCCUCUUCGGAACGCCUCUUCGGAACGCCUCUUCGGAACGCCUCUUCGGAACGCCUCCUCAGAACGCCUCCUCAGAACGCCUCUUCGGAACGCCUCUUCGGAACGCCUCUUCGGAACGCCUCUUCGGAACGCCUCUUCAGAACGCCUCCUCAGAACGCCUCUUCAGAACGCCUCUUCGGAACGCCUCUUCGGAACGCCUCUUCGGAACGCCUCUUCGGAACGCCUCUUCAGAACGCCUCCUCAGAACGCCUCUUCAGAACGCCUCUUCGGAACGCCUCUUCGGAACGCCUCUUCAGAACGCCUCCUCAGAACGCCUCUUCAGAACGCCUCUUCAGAACGCCUCUUCGGAACGCCUCUUCAGAACGCCUCCUCAGAACGCCUCUUCAGAACGCCUCCCCAGAACGCCUCCGAAGAACGCCUCCCCAGAACGCCUCCUCAGAACGCCUCCUCAGAACGCCUCUUCAGAACGCCUCUUCAGAACGCCUCUUCAGAACAACGCCUCCUCAGAACGCCUCCCCAGAACGCCUCCUAAGAACGCCUCUCUUCGGAACGCCUCUUCGGAACGCCUCUUCGGAACGCCUCUUCGGAACGCCUCCUCAGAACGCCUCUUCAGAACGCCUCCCCAGAACGCCUCCCAAGAACGCCUCCCCAGAACGCCUCCUCAGAACGCCUCCUCAGAACGCCUCCUCAGAACGCCUCUCAGAACGCCUCUUCAGAACGCCUCCUAAGAACGCCUCCCCAGAACGCCUCCCCAGAACGCCUCCUCAGAACGGCUCUUCAGAACGCCUCCCCGAAGCACUACCUACAGACAGCCGAUCACCAGGUCAACAACGACCUCCCAUGAAAUGCCACGGUAGAUUAGUCCCUACCGAGAAGAGUGAGCAUUCUGACAAAAAAACGCCUCCCCAGAACCUCCUAAGAACGCCUCUUCGAACGCCUCUUCGAACGCCUCUUCGGAACGCCUCUUCGGAACGCCUCUUCGGAACGCCUCUUCGGAACGCCUCCUCAGAACGCCUCUUCAGAACGCCUCUUCAGAACGCCUCCCCAGAACGCCUCCCAAGAACGCCUCCCCAGAACGCCUCCUCAGAACUGCCUCCUCAGAACGCCUCCUCAGAACGCCUCUUCAGAACGCCUCUUCAGAACGCCUCUUCAGAACGCCUCUUCAGAACGCCUCCUAAGAUCGCCUCCUCAGAACGCCUCCCCAGAACGCCUCCUCAGAACGCUCUUCAGAACGCCUCUUCAGAACGCCUCUUCAGAACGCCUCCUAAGAACGCCUCCCAGAACGCCUCCUCAGAACGCCUCCUCAGAACGCCUCUUCAGAACGCCUCUUCAGAACGCCUCCUAAGAACGCCUCCCCAGAACGCCUCCCCAGAACGCCUCCUCAGAACAACGCCUCCUCAGAACGCCUCCUCAGAACGCCUCCCCAGAACGCCUCCUCAGAACGCCUCUUCAGAACGCCGCUUCAGAAUGCCUCCUCAGAACGCCUCCUCAGAACGCCUCCCCAGAACGCCUCCUCAGAACGCCUCCUCAGAACGCCUCCUCAGAACGCCUCCUCAGAACGCCUCCCCAGAACGCCUCCUAAGAACGCCUCCUAAGAACGCCUCUUCAGAACGCCUCUUCAGAACGCCGCUUCAGAACGCCUCUUCAGAACGCCUCCUAAGAACGCCUCUUCAGAACGCCUCCUAA